AUGAAACAACGACAACGAGCGUCAGUUAGUGACAAGAAGAGCACGGAAGGCCACUCGCGGGGAUCGGAUCAAGGAGACAAAGUGGCUCAAUGGCUCGACGGAAUCGAUUCUCGCAACGCCGUCUCUUUUCAAACACUGCUGUAUAUAAAGAAAAAGAGUUGCAAGUUGAAAAUGCUUGAAGAUCAAUGCCGUGAAGCGGAUUCAGUAAUGAAGAAUGACGCAUCUACUCAGAUAAUAGUCAUGGGGUUCUCUGUCGAUGAGGAUUCGAAUACAGCAACGUCAACAUUGUCCCAUUACCAUCAAAUCGACUACUAA